GGUUCAAGUAGGACUUUUGAAACCGAUUUCGGCCAAUUCGGACAUGGACCGCGUCUUGACGGCGACCCACCGCGGGCUGGCGAUGAGCAGCCUCCUCGAGACGACCCCCAAGGUCUUCGUCGACGAGGUCUUCCGCCCCAUGAUGGCCUACGUCUACCAAGACCCCAUGGAGACGACGCUACCGGACGAGCUAAAGGAGGUCGUCCACGCAACGGAUGCGAAUCGUCGACGAAGCUUGGGUCACAUUGCCAUGGAAGAGCUCCUGCAUGCAGCCAACUUGCUCGCGAGAGAUGAAGAACGUCUUGUCGAAGCGAUUGCAACGUACUGGGACAUCUGCAGCGUUGCGACGGACGACAUACCAUGGUUCAUCGACCAUGUGCUCGACAUGAAGCUCGCAAAGAAGGCCAAGCGCCAGCUCCUCCAGUGUGUCGCCGAGUCGGACGCCUCCGACGACGCCAAGCGUGACUUUCUCCUCGCCAUGAUGCAAACCGACUCGCUUAGUGAUACCCGCGAGCAAGCGCUCAAGCACUUGGUCACGAUGGAUCUCGUUGACGCAUCGGCCAUCCAUGCGCUGGCCCAUCAGCUCCGGGACAAGUCCAAGCGCGUACGUCUACAUUCUAUUCACUCGGAACGCAAGGACAAUGAGCACUAGGUGCAACGGCUUGCCUUCACCUCGCUCCUCUCUAUCGCCCCGGAAGUAGAGCGAUGAAAGUAUUGACUGCAUGCGCGCUGACGUUUGCACGCAGAUGAUUGUGGGUCAUCUUGAGUCGACACUCAUGGCGCAAACCAUGGGUCUUCUCUGUGUGCUGAAUCAAGACGUGCCAUCCCAAGGCGACCACGAGCUCCUCGGUCGCUUGCUGGUCGUCUACUGCACGUGGCCUCAACAAACCAUGCAAGCAACCUGCUCCAAGCUCCUCGCACUCGACGCGUAUCCGAGUCCAGUAUUGCAAUCGCUCGUCCGCGACCACAUUCGGCGUCUCGUCAGCCGAGUUUGAAAAAUGAAAGCAAAAGGUUUCGCUUUAGA